AUGAUUGGUUCUACAGCUAGUGUAAGGGCUGCAGAAGAGACUGAAAUUGACCUGAAACUUGAAAUCAGUAGCCCUGACUAUACUAGAAUGAAAGGUAUGACUCAGGACAAUGCAGCACUUGAGGCAGAACCAACAAUAGAAUUAGUGACCCAUACCAAGAUUUGUGAUGGAACAAUGGCUAUGACACAAACAGUGACCUACACUCAGCCUGUGGCUGUGACAAUUGAAGUGAGCCAAGUGGAAGAUGUGACUAAUAUUAGAGUUGUGACUGAGAGUACGUCUGAUGUAAUGCCCCAAACCAAGUCAAUGGUCAUACCUGUGUCUAAGGUCAAUGUCAAUGCUGAAACCAAAUCUGAAAUCAAGGUUGAUGCUGGCAGAGAGCCAAAAGCUAAUGAUAAAGCUGAUACUGAUUGCAUACCUAAUAUAAAGGAAGAAGCCAGCAUCCAGUCUGAGACCAAGGACACAACUAGUAUUGUCAUCAGAUCCACCAAUGAGGAUGAAGAAAAUGUCUGCUCCUGGUUUUGGACUGGGGAAGAGCCUAGUGUAGGGUCCUGGUUUUGGCCUAAAGAAGAUGCCCCUCUUCAAGUUUAUAAGCCCCCACUUGAAAUUCAGGAAGAGCCCAAGCCUACACCCGAACAUGACAUUUCCCUAAAACAAAAAGCAGCAGCAUGGGCAAGGGCCAGGUACCUUGUCCUAGCCCCAAUUAAUGCCCGGAAAAAGUCUUCACCUCCAAAAGGGAACUGGACCCUGGUUGCAACUUUGAUUGAAACCCCUCUGGGUAUUCGGCCUCUGACCAAGAUCCCACCUUAUGAUGGACCUUACUAUCAGACCUUAGCUGAGAUAAAAGAACAGGUUAAGCAAAAGGAAAAGUAUGGGCCUAGUCCAAAGAACUGCCGCUGUAAUGCACGUGGCUUUAGUUUAGAGCCUGAAGAGUUUGAUAAACUUGUUGCCUUACUUAAGCUAACUACUGAUCCUUUUAUUCAUGAAAUAGCUACAAUGAUAAUGGGUGUCAGUCGUGCUUAUCCAUUUACCCAAGAUAUAAUUCACGAUGUUGGUAUCACUGUUAUGAUUGAAAACUUGGUCAAUAAUCCCCAAGUUGAAGACCACUCUAAAGCUCUAGCUAUAAUAAGUGAGGCUCCUGAGCUUGUGGAAGAAACAAAUAUAGAUGGGCCCUAUAUAAGAGAAAUUUGUAAAGAAAUAAACGAAAAGGGCAAAGCUGUUUACCAAGGAAGAAUUCACUAA